AUGUCCUCUCAUUCUCACCGCGCAUGUGCGGCUCCGGGAGCGCGCAGCGCUGCGAUCUGCGGUGCACUGUAAGUGCCACCUGUCAGUGUCCAUCAGUGCCAGCUGUCAGUGCUGAACAAUGCCACGUGCCAGUACCCUUCAGUGCCACAUCAAUGCCACAUAGCAGUGCCUACCAGUGCACAUCAAUGCCACAUAUCAGUGCCCAUCUGAGCUGCCUUUCAGUGCCACCUAUCAAUGCCAAUCAGUGCAACCUAUCAGUGCCACCUAUCAGUGCCAGUCAGCGCCGCCUAUAAGUGUGCAUCAGUGCCGCCUAUCAGUGCCGUCAGCACCGCCUAACAGUGCCAGUCAGUGCUGCCUAUCAGUGCCAGUCAAUGCCGCCUAUCAGUGCCAGUCAGUGCCGCCUAUCAG